AUGUAUGACCUCCUCACUGUUCUCAUGAACUAUUUCAUCAUUGCAUUCAUGUAUGACCUCCUCACUGUUCUCAUGAACUAUUUCAUCAUUGCAUUCAUGUAUGACCUCCUCACUGUUCUCAUGAACUAUUUCAACACUGUUCUCAUGUAUGACCUCCUCACUGUUCUCGUGAACUAUUUCAUCAUUGUUCUCAUGUAUGACCUCCUCACUGUUCUCAUGAACUAUUUCAUCACUGUUCUCAUGAACGACCUCCUUACUGUCUUUCAUAAGCGUUUCAAAGUCUCCUUUACUCAUUACUUCAAUCUCAUGCUGUUCACAGUAGUACUUAA